GCCCGCCUCUCGCGGCGCUGGGAGAUGGCGGAGUUGGACAUUGGGCGGCACUGCCGGGUGGAACAGUGCCGGCAGCUAGAUUUUCUUCCAUUUGUAUGUGAUGGUUGUUCAGGAAUAUUUUGCCUUGAACACAGGAGCAGGGAGUCACAUAGCUGUCCUGAGGUAUGUACUAUACAAUGCAUUGGAUCUGCAGGUGCAGAACUGCAGAUAUGGAGAGCUGACUGUAAAGUUAUACUUGGAUUUUCAACUGCGUGGAGGGUUACUGUAAUUGAGAGACUGAAGUCAGAUACACAUACAUCUUCCCCAUGCUCAUUCAAGGACUGUGCUGAAAGAGAGCUUGUGCCAGUUAUGUGUCCUUAUUGUGAGAAGAAUUUUUGCCUGAGACAUCGUCAUCAGUCAGAUCAUGAAUGUGAAGAACUGGAAAUCCCUAAGUCUCGUAUGGCUGCCACUCAGAAACUUGUUAAAGACAUUAUUGAUUCCAAGAGAGGAGAGACAGCAAGCAAACGACGGAAAGGUGCAAAAAAUAGUGAAACAGCUGCAAAGGUAGCAUUGAUGAAGUUAAAGAUGCAUGCUAAUGGAGAUAAAUCAUUGCCACAGACGGAAAGAAUUUACUUUCAGGUUUUCUUACCUAAGGGGAGCAAAGAGAAGAGUAAGCCAAUGUUCUUUUGCCAGCAGUGGAGCAUUGGAAGGGUCAUAGACUUUGCAGCUUCUUUAGCCAGUCUUAAAAAUGACAAUAACAAAUUAACACCUAAGAAAUUGAGAUUAUGUCACAGUACCUCAGGAGAAGCCUUACCCUUGGAUCAUAUUUUGGAAACCUGGAUUGCUAAGGAGGAUUGUCCUUUAUACAGUGGUGGAAGUAUUAUCUUGGAAUAUCUGAAUGAUGAAGAACAGUUUUUAAAUAAUGUUGAUUCUUACUUGGAAUAGUCAUUCAGGGAGUCAAGCUAGAAAUCGAGGAAAAUUCAUUGUUAAUCAAAUUCUUUUACUACAAAUACUAUGUAUUUUUUAUUUUUAAAACUUGCUUUUUAUUUCAUAUUAUGUCAUAAUUUACAUUAUCAGUCUUUAUUAAAUUGGAUUUGAAUUUUUGUGUUUUCAGGUUUAACUAUGAACUGACAUUUAGCAAAUUCUCUUAUCUAAUUAACUUUUAUUAGGUUAUGCUAUAAUAACAACAACAAGAUAUAUUUCUCAUUUGGUUAAUGUCGGCUUUGAUUGGCUGUGACUCUGCUCCAUGUUGUCUUUACUCCAGAAUCUAAUAUGAAGGAAUGACCCCUUUUGGGGACAUUGCCAUUCUUAUGGCAGAAGAAAGAGAUGGCUCUUAGAAGAUAACAUGUAUCACUUUUGCUUUACGCAAGACACAUGACCAAGCCUACCAUCAUGGAGCCUUAGUAUCCACCUACAUCAUGAUGUAUAAAUUGAUGUGUAUACAUGAGUCAUAGAAACUUAGAGGUCAUCUCACUCACUCUUCAAAGUUUGUGGAUGAGGAGUCUCAGGCCUAGGAAGGGAAAAUUAUUUUCUUGUUGUCACCUAAGUGCUUUGGGGCAUAUCUCUGAUUAAAAAACUCCCUCCAGUAGGAUUCACCAUUUUAUCUGUAUCAUACAGUACAGAUAAGAAGAAAGAUGGGAUAGCUAAACUACAUUACAAGUCCUUUAUAUAUAUACCAAAGCAAAACACAUGCCAAAAGUAACUACAUUUUACCAACACAUUAAAAUUAAUGCUCCUGACUGAUGUAUUCUAUCUAUACUCAGCAAAGUACUACUAUAGAGAAGAAAUAGAAGUUAUUUCUGUUUGUUAUUUGUCCCUUUUCUACUUUGCAAUAGACAGGGAUAGUGGCUUUAGGUUUAAUUAAAGGAAUAAACUCACAGUGUUUAUUUCAUCUCUAAUUCUUUCUUCAUAUUAUUUUCAUGCAGUGAAUGGAGAUAACUUCUGACUUCUAUCAGCUGCUUAUACAUUCAUUUAUUAACCUAGUUAUUCAAGUACCUACUAAAUGUAAGGAUUUGAUUCUAACUGCCGUGGUGGAUACAAUGAAGAGAUGUAUACGUACUUAAAACUAUAAUACAAAGCAGCGUGGCAAGUGCCAAAGAAUAUAUAGGAAGUUCUCUGGGAACUUAACUGAAAUAUCACAGAAGCAUUAGUUCCAGUCCCUAUUUUCAACAUUGGUAUAGUGUAUUUUGUUUUUCUCAGUGUGGUACAUGGAAAUAAAAUUGAUGGACUAUAAAGUCUAUUGUAUUUGAAAGAUUAACCUACAUAAGUGAAAAUUUCAAAAACUUGUAAAAAUAUCCAAUAAAAAUUGCUUUGACAAUU